AUGGCUCUGCUGACAUCCUGUAGAGUCCAGAGCGCCCUUCAUCACAGCCCCAACUGCCUGCCCUGGUCGCAUAGCCACACAGCAGAGGACAGUGCCCCACACCUGGAGUCAGAAGGCCUGCUCUGCCAUUGUCCAACUCUAAGGGCUUGGCCCAAGGUUAUCUCCAAGGUCACUGAAUCUCUCACCUUGGCGCAGCGCAGGAGCAGCAAGAUGGCCGUGAGCGCCCGGUCCACAGAGAAGGAGCUGCAGGCGGCCGCCGUCUCCACUGGCCCCUCCCUGGAGUUGUGCACCUUCCCCUCCACCCUGGGCUCCUCGGUCGCGGCAGCCGCGCUGGAGCAGCUCUCCGUUGUGGAACAAUCAUUGCAAAGUGACUAUUUUAAAUGCAACGAAGAAGCUAGGACCUUUCUUAAGGACAUUGCCAUUGCUGUUAAGAAAUUGGAAGAAAUGAGAAAAAAUACAAUUGAUCUUCUGGAAAUUGAAAGCAUGGAACUCAGCAGACUAUAUGUUCUAUUGGAAACUCUUCCCAAUAACAUUCGCAUAGAAUUGGAAGAAUGUGUCAGAGAUGCUCGCAGAUUAAAUCUUUUUGAGAUAAAUCAAUUACAAAUGAAAGUUACAAGGAUGAAUAAUGAAAUAGAGUUUCUGAAGAUGAAAAUACUUGAUCUGAAUAAUGUUAAUACAGCUCUGGGUGAAAAGCAAGAGGAGCUAGCGAGGCAGCACGAAAAGGCUGUCCUGUCAUUCAACCACACCAUGGAAGAAAAAGCCACUACUGCUGUUUACAUCAAUGAGACUUAUACCAAGAUAAAUUCAGAGAAGGAGGAACUGGAAUUGCAAAAAAAAAGUAUUCAAGAUGUAAAGGAACAAAUGGAAAAAGCAAAAGCAGAACUUUUAAAAAGAAAACAAAAAUUGUGUGAAGAGAUUGAUGAAUAUAAAAAUCUCUGUGAACUUGGGAGAAAGGAGACUUUUGAAAAGAAGAAAGAACUGGAUAAAUUAAAGCUUAAAGUGUCAAAAAUGAAAGAAACAGUUACUACCAGCACAGUGGUUCUUAGCGAUCACAAUUUAGAGAUUGCACAACUACACGAAUCAAUAAGACAUUGGGAACAAGAGGUCGAAGAAAUGAAGAAAUCCUGUAAGAUCCUGGAGGAUAAAAUCCGUUUUUUUAUAGAUAACAAGGAAGCACUGGAUGAUGCAUCUAAUUUUGAAAAAAAUGAACUCUUGCAGAAGAUAAAGCAGAUGGCUGAAAAACUACACAAAUGUCGUUUAGAGAAUAAAGAUCUACGAGAGAAAUUGCAUGUUCUCACCAGACAAUAUAAGAUUGUCUUAAAUGAGGAGGAUAAAGUUUUUAUGCAGAAACGGAAAAUUUACGAUGAAAAUCAGAAACAACUGGCAUUUAUUGCUCAGAAAGAAAACUUCCUCUCACAAAGAAAAGUAGACAUCAAGAAUAUGGAAGAAGGACUUGCCACACUGCGUGAUCUUCAUCGAGCAACAAAGCAAGUAUAUCGGAAACAAAUAAAAAUCCUGAGUGAUAACCUGGAAAGAGAAAAUCAGAGAUGUGUUAUAACUCAGUGGAAAAUAGCUUGUUUGCGGAAAAAACAUGCACGAUGGAUAACCAGGGUAAAGAAUGAAAUACAAGAAAUAAUAGAUAAAAUUCAGGCUGCAGAACUUAAACGCACUGAAUUAUUAAAAGAGACCAGUUUUAGAGAAAAAGAGAUCAAUGAAUUUUUGGCCGAGAUUGAAAAACUUACAACAGAAUUAAAACAAGAGGAGGAAGAAUUUAUUGCCAAAGAAAAAAAGUUAAUUCAAGAGUUGAGCAAGUAUGAGCAAAGAUUUGCUAAGGAAAUGCAAAGUAACAAAGUAAAGGAAGAUGAACUAGUCGAGUGUCUUCCACAACUUCAGGAGGCGGAAGAAGACUAUAUGGACAAAAACAGAAAACUGACAGAGCUCAGUGAUGUUCUUACAGCACAAAAGCAGGAGCAGAAUUUACUGAAUGGUUACAUUUCUCAAUUGGCAAGGGACUUUUCAAGAUACUUGAACAACAUGGAUAAAGUGAAGCAAGAAUUAAAACAAUUACGAGAUCAAGAAAGCUGUAAAAUCAAAAACCAUUUUGAAAUUCUAAAGAACUUAGAAAAUGAAAUCUAUGCACAUGACCUGAAAGUAGAAGUUUUGCUCCUGGAAAAUAAAAGAUUAAAAGAAUAUAUUGCGUACCUGAAGAACAACACAGAGCAGUAUAGAACAGGAGAAGAAGCCCUCACGUCCGCCUCAAGUGACCUGUCGUGGGAACUGAUAACUCAUCAGACACAAUAUUUGGAUUUGUGGACUGAAUUUCAGACCACUGUUAAGGAAUUGGUGGACAGUGGUGAUGAGACCUUGCAAGAAAUAAAAAAUCUAAUACACAAGCUGUAUGAAAGAGACGACAAAAUGGAGUGUAUUAGUACUUGGUUACAAGGGAACCUUGAAGAGCUGCAUUCUCUUAGGGAGCAGGAAUCACAGGUGGACCUUCCUCGUAAAAAAAUGCAUAUCAAAAAAGUCCAUUUCCCAGUGGUUGAAUGUACUAUGAAAAAAAUGUUAACAAAGAAAAACUAA